ACACUCCUCGUUCCUUUCUUUCGACGUUCUUAUACCUCAGUGGUUUACGGAGGAGAUGGAAGUCAACAUGAACACAUUGCUGGCAGCAGGGCUUCUACUGCUUUUCGCGAUGCCCGGAGAACUUUACAGAAUCCCUCCGCACGAGGAAGUCGCCAGGAUGGCUAGAUUCGUCGCCAACCAGUGCAACUGGGCUUCCAUGGCCACAAUAUCGACCCAUGAGCCAGUGCAAGGACAACCCUUCUCCAAUGCGUUCUCUACCAGUGACGGACCAGUUGGGUCUGGGACUGGGGUGCCCUACAUGUACCUCACCACUAUGGAGAUCUCUGUCCAGGAUUUAAAGGUGAACCCCCAGGCUUCCUUGUCCAUGUCCCUGGCCCAGACAGACUUCUGUAAGAACCAAGGAUACGACCCUCAGGAUCCCCUUUGUGCCCACAUCAUCUUCUCUGGCUCUGUGCUGGAGAUCAACGGUACAGAGGCCACCUUUGCCAAGAAAGCCCUGUUCAGUCGCCACCCUGAGAUGGUCGACUGGCCCACCGACCACAACUGGUUCUUUGCCAAGAUGAACAUCACCAAGGUGUGGGUUCUGGACUACUUUGGAGGGGUAAAGACAGUCACCCCAGAAGACUACUUCAAGGCUACACCCUACAAGAGACACCACUGAG